CGUUGGGGUGUUGACAAUAUGCCAAGCACUUGUUAGUGAAUAUUGGUAUUUGCAUAAACGACAUUCAAUGGACUGUAGGGUAUGGAAGCGUUUCCGAUGGAGUAUCCUGAUAGCAGAGAGAGUAGGAAGGAUGGAAAGGGAUGUUGGAGUAAUAUAUAUUGUUUUCGGUAACGACUGACGCUUCGUUCACACCGACAGUCAUUGCAUUUUGGUACACCAGAAGUACAUUAAUUUCCAAUGCAACGCUGCGUUUACUUUGCAGAAGCAGAUGCAGUGCGUUCGGUGUGGUGCAUACCUUUGAUUUAUCACAUUUUUGCGUAUUCGUAGACUGCUUGACAGAAAUGGCAGCAGAAGGUGAAUGUUGAACUUUUUGCAUACAUACCCAGAUGAUGCAGCGUUAUAAUUAUCGCAUCACUAUCGGUGUGAUCAAGGCGUGAGGUUUGCAUUUUUCUCUGCAUGCAGUGCUUGGCGUGGACUGAAAUAGUUUCCGGUACUCAUUUUGGCUGCCGGUACAGUUUAUAUUUAGGUGCAGGAGCUCCACAAUACUUUUGAACAUGUAGUAUAUUUUCUAGAAAGGAACAGAAGCUCAAGCAGUAGAACAUUUUUAUGGCGCUGGUACUCCGCGCUGGUGAGCUCCUGCUCAAGUCAAGCACUGCCUGCAUGGAAUACUUUUCUUCAGAGGACAGCUAACCUGUCAUAGUGGUCAUCAUGGAUCUAUAUGACCCUCAGACGCUAGGCAUCAUGGUAUUUGGAGGCUUCAUGGUCAUCUCAGCCCUCGGUAUCGUUCUGGUCUCCACCUUCUCCAUGAAGGAGACCUCAUAUGAGGAGGCGCUGGCCAAGCAGCGCAGAGAGCUGGGUAAGACGGUGCCUCUGGGACAGCUGACCAAGAAGGACAAGAAGAAGGAGAAGGCGUCUGAGAAGAAGAACCGGGGUAAGAAGGAACACAAGCCUAAUGGGAAGCUUCCAGAAUUAGAACUAGAGGAUAUCCCAGUGGCCGAGCCUGAACUAGCCCCAGAACCCGUUUCUGCCCCCGAACCUGCCCCUGAACCUACCCCUACCGCUGCUCCCGAACCAACCCCUGCUCCAGCUCCCCCCGUUGUAAAGGCCUCCCCUGCUCCAAAGAAGAAGAAAGAGAAGAAGAUGAUGGCUAAGGUUGAGCCAGCCCUGGCUGCUCCUGCCCCAGCCCCCAUUGCCCCCUCCAAGCCUACCCCUGCCGCAGCAGCCCCCAUAGCCCCCUCCAAGCCUGCCCCUGCCGCAGCAGCCCCCAUGGCCCCCUCCAAGCGCGCCCCAGCCGCAGCAGCCCCCAUAGCCCCCUCCAAGCCCGCCCCUGCCGCAGCAGCCCCCAUAGCCCCCUCCAAGCUCGCCCCUGCCGCAGCAGCCCCCAUAGCCCCCUCCAAGCCCGCCCCUGCCGCAGCAGCCCCCAUAGCCCCCUCCAAGCUCGCCCCUGCCGCAGCAGCCCCCAUGGCCCCCUCCAAGCCUGCCUCAGUCCUGGAGGCUGUCACCAAGGAGGUCCCUGUGAUGGCAGUGCCCCCGGUGGGCUCCCAGCGGACGGCAUCCAAGGCUCAGGAGACAAAGGCACAUGACCUUUCCAAGAAGAAGGCGUCCUCCAAGAAGAAGACAGAGUCUGUGUUGGACUCUGGUCUGGAUUCCCCCCUGUUCCUGCCCUACAAGGCCCUGGUCUCUACCGUUAGCAGUAUGGUCUUCAGUCAGGGAGAGGCCCAGCACCUCCAAGAGAUCCUCUCUGACAAGGCUGGCAUCAGACAAGACACCUGGCACAUGGCUACUCAGAAGGGCGACCCAGUGGCUGUAAUGAAGAAACAGUUGGAGGAGAAUCAGAAACAGCUCACUACUCAGCAGGAGGAUGCUUCUGCAGCCAAGAACAGACUCCGGGAACUCAGCAGGGAGCUCUCUGCUGAGAAGUCCAAGGUAGCCAGUGUGGAGACAAGGCUGAGUUCCCAGCUCUCGUCCAGGGAGCAGGAGAUGAUCGCCCUGCAGGCUCGUAUGCAGGCCUCCUACCAGGACCACGUAGCCCAGACACAGAAACUCAACGCCAAGGUCCUCAGUCUUCAGGAGCAGUUGGAGUCUGGUCCCACGGCCCAGCUGACUCGUCUGCAGCAGGAAAACUCUAUUCUCAGAGACGCACUGAACCAGGCCACAAGCCAGGCAGAGAGCAAACAGAAUAGUGAGCUGGCCAAGCUGAGACAGGAUUGUGCCAAACUGACCAAGGACCUGGAGGAGAAGAGUGUAAGCCUUCAGACUGAUGAGAUCAUCAGGACUGGCCUGGAGGCCAAGGUGUCUUGUGUAGAGAAACAACUGUCUUCACUACAGGUCAGUCAUGCUGAGAGUGAACAGGAGCUGCAGAGGAGGCUGGAGGAGGUCAGUGAGGAGUUGAGGAGUUCUCAGAGGAACCUGGAGAAAGCCCAGCAGGAUGCUACCACCCUCUCAGAUCUUCAGGUCCAUCUGGGCAGUGUAACGGAUGAUCUGAAGGAACGUGGGGCCCAGGUGGAGGCCCUCACAGCCCAGCUGGAGCAGACUACGCUUGAGAAGGGACAGCUGGAGGACCAGGUGGGAUCCAUUAAUGUUCUUCUCGAGGCCAGCCAGAACAGAGACGAGAAUGAGGACUUGGAGAUGUGGAGUUGGUCUUUUCUCAACAACACCAAUCAUUUCUCUUCCAGUCUUCAAGACCGAGACGGUCAGCUGGCGUCACUCCAAGAGGAGCUGAAGCAGCUCAGAGAAAUGAAACGGGAGGCAGCUAUAACUGCCGAGGUCACUACAGCUGAGACCGAGCAGGCACCUAACAGUGAGGACAGAAGCCUGGUGGUAUCCCUUCAGGAAGAACUGAAGCAGCUUAAAGAAGAGCUGGAACAACUACUAAACUCUCCCGUAGCUCCCCAAAGUGUUGAGCUAAAAUCGGCUGAUGUCUCAGGAGAGUCUGAUCAGCUACUCAAUGGUCUGGAGAAGACGGAGAGCCAGGAAGCAUCGCUAGAAGAGGAAGGGAUGCAACUUAAAGAAAAAUCUGAACAGGUCCAGAGUAACACCACUCCGUCUGACAACACAGCAGAACUGGCCGCGCUACAAACCAGUCUGGCAGAGAGAGAAGAUAUGAUGAAAUCACUACAAGAGGAGCUAAGGGAAGCCAGGGACCAAUCACAGAAGGUACAGGAGAUCCUCGCUCAGGUCCAGCAGAGCCAAGAGUCCCAGCCGAGCACAGAGCUGCCGGAGCUGUUGGAGAAACUGAAGGAGGCAGAGAACAGCCACGGGACACUGCAGGCACAGUGUGACCAGUACAGGACAGUUCUGGCUGAAACGGAAGGAAUGCUGACGAACCUUCAGAAUAGUGUUGAGGAGGAGGAGCUGGUGUGGAAGUCCAAGAUGGCCGACUCUGAGGACCAGUUGAAGAAGGCCCUGGAACAAGUGCACACUCUGGAGGAGAAUGCAGAGAGCUUGAAGACAGGAAACCAAAGCAUAGAACAGCUGAAGGAGCAGGUGAUGCUUCUGGAAGCCCAGUUGGAGAAACAGUCUGAGACGGAGGACGAAAUGGCACAGUUGAAGCAGCUGCUGUCAGAUUCUCAGAGCCAGCUGGAGUCAGCCCAGACGCAGGCCCAGACGCAGGCCCAGACGCAGGCCCAGACGCAGGCCCAGACGCAGGCCCAGACGCAGGCCCAGACGCAGGCCCAGACGCAGGCCCAGACGCAGGCCCAGACGCAGGCCCAGACGCACAGGGAAGAGCUGGCUACGGUCAGAGGUCAGCUGAGCGAGGCGACGGAGCACGCUCAGAGCCAGAAGGCGGUCCCUGAGGCUGGGGCACAGAACGGCCCAUCAGAGCCCGAGGUCCAGUCCCAGUUGAGUCAAAUCACAGAGGAGUUUGAACAGGCUCAGAAGACUGUAGAGCUCCAGGCUCAGAAGACUGUAGAGCUCCAGGCUCAGAAGACUGUAGAGCUCCAGGCUCAGAAGACUGUAGAACCCCAGGCUCAGAAGACUGUAGAACCCCAGGCUCAGAAGACUGUAGAACCCCAGGCUCAGAAGACUGUAGAACCCCAGGCUCAGAAGACUGUAGAACCCCAGGCUCAGAAGACUGUAGAACCCCAGGCUCAGAAGACUGUAGAACCCCAGGCUCAGAAGACUGUAGAACUCCAGGCUCAGAAGACUGUAGAACUCCAGGCUCAGACGACUGUAGAACCCCAGGCUCAGCUGGACAUGCUGGAAGAGGCAGGAGACUCCCCACAGGCUGGCACAGAGGACGUAGCCCAGCUAGAGGAAGAGAGUUCAGGACUGAAGGAAGGAACAUCUGUUUAAGAGACUGAAGACGUGACACUAAAACAUGAUUAUCAUAGUUAUGCAUUCCAACACGGUUAGUUCUUGUACUGUAGUAGUUGAUUGCUGCAUCUCCUAUAAGAAUCUAAGGGCCAGUUUCCCGGACACUGACUAAGCCUAUUCCUGAACUAAAAUACAUGCUCAGUGGAGAAUCUCCGUUAAAGAAAUGUGUUAGCCAGGGACUAGGCUUAAUAUGUGUCUGGGAAAACCGGCCCAAAAUGUUUCUGGGUCGUUCCACCAAUUCGGUGCCUUUAUCAGAUGUGUGUAACUUGGUGGGGGAUUAUAAAAAAUUUUUUUUUACGUUCUGUCAUAAAGAGAACAUGUUCAACUUAAUAAAAAUGUUUUCCCAUCUCAAUGUUAAAUAAAAAGUGCCAAAUAAAGUAGCAGGGUUGACUGUAACAGGGUUGACGAUUUCAUCUUAAAUCAGGGGCAAUUGAGGGGGGGAAAUGAAAUUGUGAAACCAUACCUAGCCUGUCUAUAUAUGGAUAAUGUGUUUUGCUCGACCAACUCAGUUUUCCACCACAAAACACCGGAAAAUGUUUUGUGGUGGAAAAUGCUGAGUUUUAGCACUUUAGCAAAGUCUUAUUCAUAUAACAAAAAUGAACUCGGUGGUCUACUAAAGGGUGCUUCAUGGAAUAUAACAAGUCUUUUAAAAUUCAAUAUUGGUGUAGAAUUCCUACUUAAAAUGUCAAAGGGAUGCAAAACUCACUCAUUUCGUGGAACGACCGAUCUGAUCUAGGAUGAGGAAAAACAUACUAUGCUGCAAACAGAACGUUGAAGACAAAACCUACAUCAACGAUUCUGGCCAUGUCAGGAAUGAUACCUAAGACUAGCUCUGGUCCAGGGCAUUAGUGCGCUUUCCUCCACUACGCCCUGUAUCGAUAUGGAUCAGACGAACGCCCUGGACCAGAGCUAACCUACUCUGCCUUAUAGUCACAAUGAAAUCUCUCUCCCCAGAGUCCACAGUGUUAAAAGGGAGAACGAUUGUGUGUUUUUAAAACGUACAUCAACCUGUGCAAUUACUUUGUGCACCCUAUUCUCCUAUAUUGCACACUACUUUUGACCAGAGCACUAUAGGGGAAACCUUAUGGGCCGUGGUCAAAAGUAGUGCACUAUAUAGAGAAAAGAUGCAACUUUGUGUCUUUUGUAAAGUGGUUGGGAUGAAUGAUGGGAGGACGUUAUGGUACAUAAGAUGGAUGCAAUACAUUAAGUGCCUCCUUCAGUACUGUGUUUCACAGUAGCUGGCUGCCAACACAAUGUGUGAAUUUGAUAAAGAAUAAAAAUACAAUGUAG